CGGACACCUCUCUCCCCGCCGCGUCGGCGACCACGGCAUCGCUGGGCGGGGGGCUGGGCCGGUGCCCGGGCGCCUUCUGGAUGGCGCUGCUCUUCGACGCGGUGGGCCUGACCAUCCUCCUGGUGGGCGUCUUCGUCGACGUCUUCUUCGCCGACCUGCUCAUCUACGGCGGCGGCGUGGGCAUCUUCAUCAGCCUCCUCUGGUGGGUCUUCUGGUACGUGGGCAACCUGGAGGUGCCCGCCGCCGAGCUGCAGGACGACGUGGGGCUCCGGCGCCACUCGAUCAAGAAGAAGAAGUUGGCGCCAGCCGGGGCGCCCCAAGGCCACGGCCUGGCCCGGCUGGUCAGGAACCUCAGCAUGCGCUUCUCGGGGUCCUUCGCCACCUUCGCCCGGUCCCCCGAGUGCCAGCCGGGCUCCGUCAGGAGGGCUCACUUCUUCAACACCCCGUCGUCGUCGGGGGCCACGACGGUCUCCAGCACGUUGGAGCUGCAUGCGGCCUGAGGAGGAGGAGGAAGCAGGCGAGGCGAGGCGAGGACGGACGGCGAGGCCCGGGAGCCAGGCCGGGUCGGCGAGGAAUUAUCAAGGACUGUUACUUACUAUUACUGUGAGUUAUGAUGAAAAACAAAUGUGAACAUUAUCUUAGUCACCAGAUGCUGGAAAAUCUACAUAGAACCACCUGUGAACUCUUUGGAAUCUGCACUGUGUUAUGAAACCACAUUUCUGCCAAAUAUUUAUGCUUCAGAUUUCUGCUGGAAAACAGCAUUGCCUAUAUCUUAAGCAGUGUAAAAGGAUUUAUAUUCAGUUACUCAACUUAACAAUUACUUAGAGACAAUAGCACUCCUACUCUUUAAACAAGGGCACUGAUCCUCAAACAGUAAAUGUGUGCUACUGACUAAAACUUUUACGUGGAAGUAUUCACAGGACUAAGAUCUUGGAGAAGUAGUUUUGACACCCUGAAAGCUGGGUUUAGAAGUCCUCAAAAGUGCCUUAAACGCAUGAAAUGUCUUAUUUAUAUGAAUGCUCUUAAGAUCCAUUGGUGAAGGGAGCUUUAUGAAUGAUUGUUGAAGUGGAUUGGAUCCCAAGACUUAAGUUGUCUGAACUUGGGUCGUUGUUUGAACCUGGGUCUCUUUGAUCAAUGGGUGAUAUCCAACUAAGGUAUACUCAGAGUAGAACCAUUGAAAUCAAUGGGCAAGUGGUUUAAGUCCAUUGAUUUCAGUGGGUCUGCUCUGAAUAUGACUGACAUUGGAUCUACCCAAUGGGACUUGUCUUACUGCUUUUCAGUGGGACCUAAGUUGGGCGAACUUAAGUUUGGAUCCAUCCUGGUCAUUUUGUGGAUUUUUAUACUGUAAAAUGUACUGAAUGAAAUGUCCAGUCUUCCAAAUUCUCAGGUCCCCCUCCCUUUUUUAUUGGCUUGGAAUUAGAAAUGUUGCAUGUUAGAGGAAAAACAGAAAUGCACUAGAUUCUACUACAAUGUGAAAUAGGUGAAACUUGGCCAUUGAUUUUUUAAAAUAAUAAUAAUAAUAAUAAUUCAGGAAAUGUUUCUAAAGAAUGCUGGUAUGACAAAGGCAACUGGCAGGUCUACUGUUUGUACCUACCUCAUUAAAUAAAGUUUUGCCAUCUUGAUUCA